AUGGAAGCGCAGUACUUGCAACUGGACAAGGAUUCUUCACAGGGCUGCCUACCCUUCAAUGCUUUCGGCUUUCUCAAACACGCGCGCCGCCGCGCUGAUCCAAGAGUGAUAGGAAGUUCACAGUCCUCCGCUUUUAUGAAAUGCCGAUUACAACGCCGAUUCUCGACUUGGCGCGAAAUUCAAGGCGUCACUCACCAACCGGGUAUAUCUAUCGGCAUCAUUUACAACGGAGAUGAAAUUCUCAAACACAACAUUGGGGUCAUGGAUGUCGCCACCAAAAAGGAACCAAAUAGUGAUACUUUGUAUUGCAUCGCCUCUUUAUCAAAGGCUUUCAUGGCCGAGUCAAUAGAGCUUCUCAUCAGCGACGGCCACAUUACGUGGGACACUACCAUCCAAUCCGUUAUCCCCGAGUUCAAACAUCGUGAAGACCCUCAACAGUUCUCGAAAAUGACUAUGCGCGACAUCUGUUCUCACCGCACGGGUGUAAUCGGAUUAGACGAAAUCACCCAAGGACUUAAUGGGAGAAUCCUCAUCCCCAAAAAGGAUGUGGUCAAAGUCUGUAGCGCAAUGCCUAUUAAGCAUGCAUUCCGGACCAAGUUUCAUUACAACAAUGGCAUGUAUGAACUUGCGGGCUGCGUCGUCGAACGUCUUUCACGCUCCCCCACAUGGGGCCAUUUUCAAAACGAUCGAAUAUUCACUCCACUACAAAUGACGAGGACCACGGCGUUUAGAUCUAUUCACGAAACCGACAAUAACAUAGCGAAAUCUUAUAUGAUACUGGAAAAUGGCGAGCCACAAUAUAUUCCUCCGACAGAGUUGUCCGCCGACUCUAUGAAUGGCGGCUCGGGUGGCAUAAGGAGUUCUGUAAAUGAUCUUUUGAAAUGGUGCUCGUAUCAAUUAAACAGAUCGACCCAGAAGCCUAAGCGAGCAGACAAAAAUGGGGCACAUGCCUCGGUCUUUAACAGGGCCAUUAUUGCCAACUCCCAAUCUCCUCUGGACGGUGAUUACUGCACAGGCUGGUGUUAUCACCAAACACCAGCUAAGCUUGGACUGAUAUCGCCGAACAGGAUCCUGGAGUCUCCGGUGGUGGGCUUGAAAUCUCCAUCUCUUGUCAUCUACAGUCACCAAGGCGAUGUCCCAGGAUAUACAUGCAACCUUUACAUCAUUCCUGACGCCCAGGCAGCCAUUGUUGUCUUGUCUAAUGGAACGGGACUAGGGGAUGCUACCGAUUGGAUUGCACAAGACAUUCUUCAAACCAUGUUCAAACUCAAGCCGAAGGUAGACAUGAUUAAAGCUGCUCGGAAGGCUGCAGCGGAUUACCGCGACUACUACCAUAAGAAUUUCGAAGAGCCGCUGGAAAGACACAGGCAAAUAGAUCUAAAGCCCGUGCCUCUGGACGAAUUCCUUGGUACUUAUGUAAUGAAGAACCUGGACAUAGUCACACUCCGGAUGACUGCGACAAAAAAGUCAGAGAGACUGCAAAUGAUAGUCAAUGACCAGGCCGACCAGGUUUGGACGAUGAAGUAUUAUGCAGAUGAUACAUUUUGUCAUUUACCAGAUACAUACAAUGAAUGUCUUGCUAAGGGAAUUAACAGGACGAAGUGGGACACAUUUCUUAUCACUUUUAAUCGAGAUGAAAAGGGAAAGAUUAUUAAUUGCUCGUGGAAAUUGGAUGGGAUAGAUGUCAUUUUCAAUCGAGUUUGA